GAAUAUACAUGAGAGGUAUAUGAAUAAACAUAUACUUAUAGAAGGAAUUAACCAAUGGGAAUUGAGAAUGCUUCAACACACCCCAAAGCUCAUCUGCAUGUUGUGAAUCUAGCAGCUGUGAUUGGAUGUUUGGUGAAACACCUACUGGGCAUGCUCAGUUGAACAGUAAUUUUAUGCUGUUGGCAAUGGAAGAUGGGAAGUCAACGGGAGGAGUGGACUCUGUGAUGUUUUGAAUGGUAUUGGAUAUCAGUCAGAUCGGAAGUGUGGUGAAUGAGAGUAGGCCAGACAGUUCCAUGCUGCUGUCCAUGUGUUAGAAUAGUGAACCAAAAUCACAAGGACUUGUUCUGAUUGCUAUCAUUAUAUGCCACAUCCUUAGAAAGUUUAAUUCAUUUAUUUCAAAGAUUUUCAUUAGAGUUUCAUCCAAAUAUCUACCAAACAUGAUUCUGAAGCGCAUUGGAUAUGCCUUUGGUAUGGGCACGUUGAUCUCGAUGUCGAGUUGGUUUUUGAAGGCCAAAGAAGGUUUCUGGUCAUCAUUUGUAGACUGGCUUGGUACAGUCUAUUCCUGGCCCUUGGAUGGGAUCUCAGGAUCCAAGAACCAGCUCGAGCUCCCAUUUAGAUAUCUGGAUCCAGAAAAAGGGACCCUUGAUUGUAAAUACACAUGCCACUACAAGUGCUUAAAUGAUGUAGGUUUGGACUGUACAGAGUCACCAGAGCUACGGAAAGACACACCAGAUCACUCACCACAACACACUCUAGUCUCAGUAGAGGACAUAGAGAAUGAGCUAGAGAGCUUUGUGUUCCUGACAAGGGAAGAAUUAGAACCAAAGAUUGACAAGUUCAACACGCUCAGAUCUCAAAAGAGUGAAUCGCUAACACUGAAUGAGGAAGGCACUCUGUUCAGUGGCCGAGUGACCGUCCACAUAAACCUGUCCCGACCAGUUAGUGUGCGGACAGGAUGCCCUCUGCCAGAUAUCUGUGUAAGUACAUUGAAGCAGUAUGAGCAUAGCAUCGAUACCAACAAGAGACGAACCACCUUCUUCAUGCCAAAGGCUACCUCGCAGGAGUUGAACAUCACCUGUUACACGACAGCCCAGGAUGUGAUCAGGAAUGUCCUAGCUGGGUUGCAGCUUAUUGACAACCCAAGGAAGUUUGCCCUCUUUGAGAAGACAGAAUACAAUGGGGAAGUGUUCAUGAGGAAGAUGGUAGAUGAAGACAAACCAUUGUAUAUGUGCCUAUCAUGGGUAUCAUCCACUGGAAACAAGAGAUUUGAGCUAAGGGAGAAUGAGACUGGAGUCAUUGAGUGGGAGGCAUUCACUGUCCCAGAGCUUCAGAACUUCCUUAGGAUCCUUGAUAAGGAGGAGGAGGAGUACAUCCAGGCUGUCCGACGCAAGUACAUCAAGUACCAGAAUCUCCUCCAGGAGGCCAUGGACUCCACCACCACCAAGCAGGAGCAGGUUGCUCCAGUCCAUCAGAAGUCCAUCAGUGCUUGAAGGACCCCAUGCAUGGAGCUGAAGGGGGAUCCAUGUGAAGACCCUCUCGUGACCUCUCAUUCUGUAGAAUCUUAUCACUUUGGAUAUUAGUUUGUAGAAGUAUAAUAUAGAUCAAUCUUAAGCGGGGGCAAUGGGGAGAUACUAUCUAUUGAGCAUAUACUGGUGUUGGAAAAAAUGUUGUGGAAUUAGGGGAUUGGAACAUUGAUAUACAUGUAACUUCCUGUAUAAAACCUUUCCUCAUUCCUUCAAAAAAAUCAAAGAAUAGAUGUUUAGAGGCCAAGAAAGAAAAAUAUCAAUGAUGAAGUGGCACUUGUUAGGAUAGACCUUACAAUUGAAUCAGUUAGGAAAAAUGUAAUUCAUCAGAAAUUGAAAAAAAAAUUGUAGCAUUAGCAUCAGAUUUGUGAAAGAAUUUCCUGAGUGAUGCAGGAGAGGGAAAACAUAUCAUAGAUUAUAGCAGCUCUAGGUUAAGUGAUAUGGUUUAGAAUCCUUAUCGUACUAUACAUAGAAACAAACUGCUAGAUAAGGUCUUUUCUAGCUCCUACUUGUGCUGCUUGAUUCACUUGGUAAAACAUGAAAUGGCUUUGUAGUCUUUUCUUAUUGUACCAUUGGAUGUUCCUAUUUUACCUUGUACUCAUGGAAUGUGGAGUGAUGGCAAUGAGAUAGGGGUCAUCUCAAAUUUUUUCCAGAGCAUUUAUGUUAAGGGAUCAUCUUCAAUUCUGUAAGAGCUUUUCAAUGAAUAGACUGAGCAGAAUUCGGGUAGCUCUCUCUUCAUCAAACAUUUAUUGAAUUGAAUUUGGAAAAGUGCAUAGGGAAAGAAAAUGAAAUCAAAAUUGGAUUUGAUAUUCUAUGAGAUUUCUGUAUUCAGGAAUUUGCUGAUAUUCCUUUGUCAAAAGAAAAGGAUUAACUGGAAUACCAUGUAAAUGAAUUUUAAUUGACAAUUUAAGGAAAAAUUCUCAAAGAAGAAAGAUAGAUAUACCGUGCUUUGCGCAUGCACCCUGAACGCUCGCUUUUGUGACCUUGUACAUAAAAUGUGUUUAUUGCAAGAUGUUCAUACUCUACCACAAAACAUCGCUGAGACCAAAGUAGAAUAUGGUUAUGUGUACAUAAUGAUCAUCUUGUGCAGGACACAGAUAAUAGGCCAUCAAGAAAUAAAUCAGUUGCCCAAAGCUAUCAUAGACAUUCCUCUUCAAGAACAUCCAUGGUAGAUAGAAGCCUCUUUCUCUAUAGGCUUAUAUUGGAAAGGAAUAUGGGAAGAAUGUUGCAAAGUCAAUAAAAAGGAAGGAAUUGUAAGCCUAUCAUGGGAGUAAUAUUAGUAGAUUAUUUUUGCUGUGUUAGAUUGCAUUCUAUUGUAUCAGUAUUUUGUUUAUUACUGCUAAGUUUUGUCAAGUAGACUGGAUGUUGAUGAUAAAGAUAUGAAGGUGAAGUUAGAGUGACCAUGAUGGUUUCAUCCAAAUCAAAAUACAGAUGUAUAACAGACUUACUUUUAUAAUGUCAGAGUCAUUUACUUAUUUACACAAUGUGCUGAAGAGUUUCAAUUAUGACUGAUGAAAACAUAAAACAAAUUCUUAAAAAUGAAACAAAAUAAAAAUAAACGGAAAGGAGGCAUUUAGAAUAUUCUUAACCAUAUCUUUUAAAACCUAUUGUUGUUUUGUGAAAAAAAAUCACUUUAUCAUUGUGAAAGAAAUCACUUUAUCACAAGAAUACAACACUCUCACCUGACCUUCAUUCUUAUAAAAUCUAUAAAAUUUGUUCAUUUUAAUCAUUAUUGCAUGCCUUGUCUUUGAAUGUUUGUGUGAAGAAAUAAAAAUCUGUUUGUUUAUCUGUGUGUGCAAGGCUCGUUAGGGCUCCAAUGACAUAGUAUAAUUGCAAUCGUUUAUUGAAUCUCUUGAUUACUAUGUGUGUUUAGGACAUAUUGUAAGGUUUUUUUUUUAAAUAUUUUGUCAGGAAAGUGCAUUAUUUCUGUAAGAAUUUAAGGAUUUUGUUUUAUUAUUUAAGGUGUUAGGAUCUACAGUUUAUUGACUAGAGACCAACUAGGAUUUUGAUAGAAUGUCAAGCUUCAACAGCAAACUCUAGAUAGGAGUUUCAUUGCAAUCUGUCAUAUUACUUUACUUCACCAUAUAACAUCAAAUUGGAUCAUGCUGUUGGUGCUAAGAAGGAUAGAUGGAUAGGACCAAGGCGUUAUAUAUAUUCAGGGAUAUACAAUGUGUUCAAUUAGAAGAAAUUUAUAGGGAUAUGUGCUUCAAGGUCUUUUCUACUAAUAUUUCUUUUGAGUGCUGCAGAACUUUAAGACCUAGCUAUUAAUGUCUGUAAGGUUAUGUAUUUAAUUUGCUCUCUCUAUGCCUGUUCAGCUGUAGUGUAAUUUCUAGACUCCCAUAAAGCAGUGGGAUCAGCUCUAUGUGCUGCAGUUAAAUCCUACUCUCUGUCCUUGAAAUUGGGUUUUGAUUCAUUUUAUUUAUGGGAGAUUGAUAAUGUAUUACUUAAUCGUCUUGCCAGAUGCAAAUCUUAUUUUAUUUAUGAAUUAUGUUUUAGUGACUUAAGUUACUUAGGAUUUAUGCUAGGAUAUUGAUGUUUCAAAACAGCAUUGUAAAUGGUUUUAAGGUUUCUCUCAUUUUUUAGUAAUAGUUUGUUUCCAUUAUAUUUGAUCUGAAGCACUUUUGUGUAAUUUUAAAAAAGAUAUUCAGAAAAAAGGUGGGAACAAGACAUGUUAUGGAUUAAGCUGGCUAUGUGAAAGUUCAUGCAAAACAGCUUGAUGCAAAAACUUCAUGUUUUUUAAUAAAAAAUGAAAGAUGAGGAACUGGCUAUUUGUACAAACAUAGAAUUGAAUGCCUUAACUAUUUACAUUGCUUUUUAAUAUCAUCAGUUGUGUUGUUUUUAUGGUGCUUAAUGAUACUUACAGUUAAAAGAAAAUAACUUUAUGACCUUGAUUUUGAAAAGACAUCUCAAAUGAAUAUUUAGACUUUAUUUUUUUUUAUUGACUGAUUGAUAGGUGACUAUUUUCUCCACUUUGUUAUUUAUGUAUCGUUGGCUGUAUAAGAAUGUAGUUCAGUUCCAAAUAAUGUGAGUACAUUCCUUACGUUGCGCGAACCCAUUUAUCUAUUUUCAUGGGGAAAAGAAAUGCCAAAACUUUCAAACAUUACCAGUAUUGUUUAUUCUGUAAUAGCCCUUGAGGCAUUAGGAUCUUAUGCAUGCAGUUAUGACCAGGUUAAUCAAAUUCAUCCACCAUGGAAUGUUUCACUUUAGAAAUUGCAAGGAAAAUAAAAGACAAAAAGCACCCCCAAAUAUACAUCCAUGUCACACAACUCUGAUAGAUAAAAUGAUAAAGAAAAUAAAAAGAAACGUACCGUACAUUUGUGUAUCAUGAAUGCUUUUGUAUUAAAGAUAAAGGGAAAAUUGUUAUGCUGCCUGAAAUAUGACAAUGUUAUGUAGUAAAGAAACAUGUAUAAUCUUACUUUAUUUAAUGAUAUCAUUUUUUUACAAAACUCAAAUGUGUACAGCUCGUAAAAGAGAGUUUGAUUGAUAUCGUGAUAUUAUCUGGUCAUAUCUGCAUGCUAAGAUUAAUUGAUCUUUAUUAAUUGGCUACUUUAUAACCCCCAUAUGCUAUCCACUAUUCUUCUGUCCAUGUAUAUAUAUAAAGGUUUGUAUUCAAGUGACUUGAAAUGUAUAAUUUUGCUUUAUUUUCAAACCAUGAAACCUUGUAUAAUCCUUUUAUAAGAUGACAUGCUAAGAAAUCCGGCGUGUCCUUCUAUGAGCAUGCUAUUGGUAGGUCCACUGUCUUACUGGUUUGGGUGUGAGAUAUAUUGUAUAUCAUCUUUUAAAUCAGUAUUAAGGAUAAUGUAUUAUUCCAAAGGACUUGUGAAUAUAAUGGGUAGGGUGGUGUGUAAAAUAGGCUGUAUAUUUUGUAAGUACUAGAGUUUAUAUUAUAUCUAUGCAUGAAUUUGCUUUGGUGACCAUUAUGGGAUGUUUGAUGCCUUAUUUUGACAAUUUGAGACUGAACACAAGUCAGUAAAUAAUCUACAGGGAUUUGACUUGGAGCAAAUGAAGAUUAACCCUAAAAGAGCCGGGUUAUUUGGACCCAUCUCACAGCCGUUUAAAAUUGGUUUAUAUCUGUACUCAAUCAUAGAUCCAGUGCUUGUGAGAUGUAGAAAAUGUGUUUAUCUUAUAUGACAGUCCAGCAUGUCCAAUGACUUGAAAUAAUUCAGAUAUUUCUCAGAAGUAGACAAUACAAACCUUUAAAAAAAUGUGCUGAUAGUAGCCAUUGCGACCCUCAGAAAGUUUUUUUUUUUCAUGUAUUAUUUCUUGUGAAGAAUGUCUUAAUUUUCUUGUACAGCUGGUCAAGUCAUUUUACUGAAUUUAAUUCUCUCUCAAGAAAGAAUAAUUGCUCCUUAAAAGAAAUGCCUCAACGUUGGUGCUGUCCUUGAGUAUUAUACAUUCUCUUUAGUACCAGAAUGGCAUGAAUUCACAGCUUUAUUAUCAAGACUGACAUAUCAUUUUCUAGAUUAUAUGAUGGUAUCAAAUAUUCCAUUGUGACACUAUAGUGAAUCUUGCAAGCUGAGGUGUGAAAGUGACUAUUAAGAGCUUUCUGUACUCAUCACACUUGAUAUGGAUUUUCACUUUAAGCGUAUCACAAAUGAAGUGCAUGUGAAGAGUUUGAAUUCAAAUUUAGUCAAUGAAUUGAAUAUAGCAUCAGGAAAAUGUCAAUUAUUUGCUAUUAAUGUUCAUUGAGAACAGGAUUGCAGUCUUGGAAAUUCCACUGUGUUAGUAUUAGACAUUUGGCUAUUAACAAGGCAAUUUCUGCUCAUAGAGUCACAAAUUUCAAGUAUUCUUGGGUUAACUUGAUUGAAAAAAAGUAACCAUCACUUCACUUUUAAAUUUCAAUUUGGCUAUUAGUGCUGUGGUGAUGCAAAUUUAUUCAACAACACUCUUUUUGUGCUAAUUUUUCCUGGAGAUGCUUAUUGUCAAAAUCUUAUAAUGCUAUGUUGUGAUGAGGUACAGAUUGAUUCUUGUAUUUUGUUAUUCCUUGUUUGGACCUGGACUAACUCAUUAACUUCUAUGCAUUCUGUAUAGGUACAAUAUUGUUUAAGGACAUUUUCUAUUGCAAUCACAUUUAUGUGAUAACUAUAAGUUAAGUAUUAACAUGUAAAUAAGUUAUACAUAAGAAACCAGAUCUUUACAGGUAUUGUACAGGUGUAAGAUACGAGUUGUAAUAUAGGCAAAAACAUGUUUAUAUAUCUGUAACUUUUAGGUGAGAAUUGAUGGUUCAAUUCCUACCAAAUUAUCUGUAUGUGAGCAAGAUUAUUUUGAGUACUUCCAAAGAAUUUAGCACAGAUGAAUGUAUGUUCCCAAUGUGCUCCAUAUCUUUCAAGAAGUGCAUGGUAUGGUAUAUAGUAUGAAAAGUUAGUUGUUAAGUGUACAUUGUCUUGAAUUCAAAUGAUCUGUAUGUUCUCAUACAAGAUGCUGUAUUUUUGUAUAAGGGUAUUCUUUACAAAGAGAGGAAAAUGAAUGGUAUUAGAACUGAAUUGAUGCCGCUUUUUGUUAAUGUUAAUGAAUUUGUUUUAAAAAGGGACUUUGAUAGCCUAUACAGUUGGAUGUUCCGUUUCAAGUUUUGAUAGAAUAUAGGGCUAUAGGACUAUCAUUGACGUGUUCUAGUCUUAAAAAAAAAACAAAGACACAUGAAGAAUAGUUUGGAUUAGUAUGGAUCCAUUCUCAGUGCUGGCAAGUUUUUAAUGCAAUCUUUCUUGUGAUCCAUGUUUUAGUAUUAAUUGCAAUACUAUGGUCUUUAGGCUUUGGAAAAGAUUUUUUUAAUCUGAGGACUUCAAUUUGAAAAUUAUCUUUGGCUUUCACAAAAUACUAAUGUUAACAUCGCGUUGCUACCGAUGACACUGUCUAGUUGGUGAUAAGAUUUUCCAUAGAAAAUAUGAGGCAGAAUCACAGAAAGAAUUGCAUAAAUGUUCUUUGUAAAUCUAAAUUAAUCUUGCCAAGAAAUGAUUGAAAGUGAGGAAUAUCACUGAGAAAAUGAGUUCGGCUCUUUCCUCUAUUGGAAAUACGAUUAAUACUGCAAUUGAUUUAAGUUAAUUGUAAGAUUAAUACAUCUCUCUAUGUGACAGGCUACUUGCUAUUUGUUUGCUUUCAUUGGACAUUGCAUUUUUGGGGGGUGAAAUUAUGGGUUGUAGUUUUUAAAAGACUUGAAUAAUGUAUUGCCUGCAAUGAAGCCAUUCUUGUUGUGUAUUAACCGAGGCAGUCUUCUGUGACACACCCAACAAGACUUAUUUUAAAGAGGAAAAAAAUCUUGCAAUGCUUGAGAAGAUGAGAAUAUACAUAUAUGUUUAGAGGCAGAAAGGCAUUAAUUCAUAAUGAUGCUUAAGCACAUGACUAAUGCCUUCCCUGCUCUGAACAUCAUGCAUUUGAAUUGGAAAGAUACCUUUUAAAUGUACAACCAAAAUGUUUUGUUAUGUAGGACUUAUAUUCCUUGUAAUGAAAAGGGAGGGGCACAAAAGAUUAAGUUUGAAUGUAGGGAUGAUAAUGAUAGGGCUUAAUUUAUAGUUUUAAAGGUCUCAUGAAUAUGAAAUCUAAUUCAUCGUUAAUAAGAAUUAGGAUGAUUUAUGAAGGUUUGCAAUUGUUACUGUAUUUUGUCCUGUAUAUAAAAAAUGCAGGCACUCGAUGUCAUUAUUUUCCUUGAUAUUGGGAACAAAUGAUAGAGCCUUUGUUAUGUGUGCUUGACCAUGUUGAUGUGGAUGGUAAUGAUGAUGAUGAUGAUGUUGAUGAUGAUGAUGAUGAUGAUGAUGAUGAUGAUGAUGAUGAUGAUGUGAUGAUGAUGAUACUGAAAAUGUAAAAUUAAAAAGCAUGUCAACAACAGCAUGUUUUAUGUCUCAUAAAGAGCAGUGAAGGCACUGACUGUUGAUUAAAAUAAAAAUAUAUAUCUGUGUAAUAACUCAA